GAGAAAAAAAAAACAUGCACACAAGUUACACAUGCGCACACACGUAUAUAAAGGCAAAAGGGCCAACACUUUUCUAAAAAGAAAAACAAGCAAAUAUUGCAAAAUAAGCAACUGAGAUAACUCCAACAUCAGUGAAUUUGCGCGAGCCGCAUUUUUGUUUUUGUUUCGUUCGCUGCGUUAUCAACGCACAGAGUGGACGUAAUUUUCUGUGCCGUUUCACCGCCCCACCGGUGAGGACUUGUUCUCUGACAAGGUGUGCUACAACUAGGUCAAAGCACCGCGUGCCUUCGGUUUAUCCCCCCAUCCGAUCUUUUACGCGCUAGUUUGUAAAACGUUAAAGUACCCACACGGGUUUGAAGCAGCUUCUGUGCAUUCAUAACAAACUGACACAUUGUAGAGUCCCCCCACAUACAGAGGUGACCAUUUUGACAUCUUCCAAUCGUGUCUGCUCUCACUGCACCACCUUUGCAUUGCCGCAUUUCCGCCUUACCGCAUUACCACUUUACCGCUUCACAAUUCGCCCACGUUCGUUUUCACACCGGAAUUUUUUUCUCCUGCGGGAAAGGCGUUCCCUUAAAGGAGUCCACUAAGACAGCGCUGCUCCGUUUGAGCUGCUGCCUCCUCCCCUAAACCUGUCACCCAAAGUAAAGCAAAAUGGAUGCGCCGAACCCCGACGGAGAGAAGAACCUGCUGAUAUACGACAAGUCCAGCAAGGUGGGGUGCAUCUACUUCAUAGGCAUCAGCAGCAACUUCUAUCGGGGCAAAGUGAUUCUAAAAAAAAACUGCAUCAGCGACAGAAUAGUGAGAUACACGAAUUUAAGCGAAAAUUUGUUGUUAAUCAAAAAUGGGAAUUAUAAUUUUAAACAAACGGCCAUAUUAAUUAAAGGAAUAACCAUCUUUCUGCACAGGCAGUUGGAGGUGUUACUAACCGAUUUCUACGCCAUGUAUAAGAAGUGCCUAUUCAGCACCCUGAAUGAAUGUAGGCUCCAAAACGGUAUGAUAAAAAAGGGAAGGACGAGAAGAAGACACAGGGCGAAGAGAAAUGUACUCUCUUUGCAAGAUGGGGAGCCAACCUAUGGCAACAACUAUAAUGGAGAUCACGAUGACGGCACUUUUCGAAGGAAAAAGAGUAACUACCUAAACAAAAACAAAAAUAUAGCAGAUAUAAACGACCUUAUGCUGAAAGAAAGCAACGAACUGUAUGAGAAUGACUACCACUUUGAAAAUGAACACAUCCCAAAUGAUGAAAAUGUAAUAUAUCAAGAUAUGCUAACUAACACCUCGUCCUUCGAUUGCUCCAAACUUAAUAACUUGUAUACAAUUAACAAUGCGGGGGGGAAUGUGAACACAAAGGAGAGUAGCAGAGAUGCAAACAUGAAGAGUAACUUAAACAGCUCGGCCUUCUUAAAAUAUAAUAUGCUAGAUGUUAAGAGGCACACAAAUGCAGAGAGAAAUAACUCCUCCAAUGAUAGUUUACUUGUGAGUAAAAAUCUGAGCAAAAAGAACUUCUCCUUCAGUGUUAUGAACAGUAGUCUCCUAUUCAGUGGUACUAUCCCUCAUGGGAAGGUGUCUAACAAUUUGGGUGGCACCCACCUUGGGGGAGGUAACAUCCUUCGUAAGGACAACACCAAGGGAGGGGGAAACCACCCGCGGGAAGACGAAAAGAAGAACAAACGGAUUUUUGCGCAAAUCGAUAAGGACACCAUUUUACGGGAUAACAUCUGGGAGGAGGCCAAAAUGAAUAAAAGGCAAAAAUCAGAUAGUCAAUUUAGUACCCAUUUGAAAAGAGGGAGUUACGUUUUUUUUCUCCUAUACAAUGAUGUGAAAAAUGGUCCAAGUGAUAAUUCAAUAUCCUCCUCUUUCCAUUCGUAUGAACAGGCAAAAAAUUUCAUCAACUUUGACGCAAGGAGGGAUGUGUACAACCUAUUCGGAAAUGAGCUCAUACAGAAUGAAAAAAUUAACAUGCAGCCAAACAACUUUAAGUUGCUUCAGACCAAGUCAACAGCGUCCUCCAUAAACGAAAGGAAAAACAAACACAAGAACCACCUAAGCUUUGAGCAGUUACGGGCAAACUUUAAUGACGAAUAUUUUUUGAAAACUCAGCUGCACCAUAACCAGGAAGGGAAAAGACACUCGAAUGGUUCUUUCGGUGACAGCUACGAUCAAAUGGGGUACAACUUCGACCAAGAGGGUUACAAUUUCGACCAAGAGGGUCACAACUUCGACCAAGUGGGUUACAACUUUAACAGGAUGAGGGGCUCCCCCAGGAAAAACUGCGAACAGAGAAAAUCGCAACCAAACGGAGAACAUAAAAGCAAAAGUGGGAAAGACUGCACAGAUGUAUACACCUUCAGUGACACUUUUAGAGACUCCCUCAGUGUGCCAUCGAGCAAACUAGUGAGUAGGAGAUCCUUCACCUCUUCAGAGUAUAAGCAUAACGAAGAAUUAAUAAAACUGAAAAAUUAUUUGCACAAAAUAAGUGCAAACUGUUCCAACGUCAUAGAAUUCGAUCGCCUAUUUCCUGUGAAAAAAAUGUCCGACAAGAGCAUCUCCAUCAUAUUUUACAACUUGCUCGUGCUGGCCUCAAAUGCGGAAGUGGACCUCACUCAGAAUUUUCCUGACAGUAAAAUUCUCAUACAGGUAUGUUGAGCGGGCGCCAAUUAUAAAAAAAAAAAAAAAAAAAAAGGAGAGUUCCUUUGUUAAUCGGCAAAUGGAACGCACGAAAGGGCCCAUAGAUAAUGAGAACAAACGGGUGACAUGUUAAAUGAAUACAGAAAGUUGCAACAUACGAAAAUACACACGUAGAAAAUUAAUUACACGCAAAGGGGACCUCUUAUGCGCAUUGAAGUGACAAUCUGGUGGUGAUGGGGGGACGACCCUCUUGGACGUCAUCGGCAUAUGCGCCCAUGACAGCAACUGUGAAUGCACAAACGGGUGUAAUAACCGAUGCGGCCACUUUUGAUGACGCCUAACUAACUAUGGUGUGCUUUAUUCGGCUUAAAACGGCACGGAUUUUUCUCCUCAGGAAAAAGUUCAUCACCUAAGGGGGAAGAAAGGGGGGGAAAAAGAGAGAGAUAUAUGUAUUCGCACAGUUGGCAUGCUCACGCCUGCACAUGCGUCCGCUGGUGCGCAUCGAAUUUUUCGGCCACCAAGCGUGAUUACAUUUUUAACAACAAAAACGGGUUCUACAAACGUUCCGUUGACGUUGCUAAUCAUUUCCUCGACAGC